AUGGUCUUCCCCGGACAUUUCAGUACGGGGUGCCUGCGCUGUCGCCAGCGCAAAGUUAAGUGCGAUGAGACCAAGCCGUCGUGCCGCCGGUGCAUGAUCUACGGAAAGCCAUGCACCGGAUACACCGACCAGUUCCAAUUCCGCCACCGGCGCAACCCCGCGGCCGGGGCGGACGGGAAGUCGGCGAGAGGCAAGAAACGACGUGAGAAACAAGAAGGGCAAGAGGCUCAACAGGGGGGAGGAGAGCCGCAGCAACAUCAAUUCCAACAUGAACAGCUUAUCCGGCUGCCCCAACCUCAACACCACCAAACCCAGCUGCAGCAACUAUCACCAAUAUCACAAUCACCACAACGCCAACAAUCCUUCUCCAAUGGCAUCCACGUCGUUUGGCCAUCCCCGCCUCGUGCCCCAGACCCCUGCUACGACACCGCCUCGCUCUCGUACUUCAUCUCCCGCUUCGUGACUCCCAACCCUGAGGACGGCUUUCCCGGCCAUCUCUCCCACCUGCCCGCCCUCUACGACGCGCACAGCUCUGGCGGCGGCGGCCUCCUCGAGGCUGCCACGCUCGCCGUCGCCCAGAUGGCUGCGUACAACCGUUUUGGCGGCAACCGGUUUAAGAUGGAGUCGUACCGGCACUACGGCCGCGCCAUCAAGAUGCUGCGAGACAACAUUGCGAGCGAGGAGACAGCAACGGACGACAAGGUGAUCACAUCGAUCCUGUUGCUGUGUGCGCUGAAGGAUAUCAGUGGAGAGUUAUCAACUGGGAAUAAGGGAGAUCAUGCCGCGGGGCUGUAUUAUCUGAUUGAGAAGAGGGGGCCCGAACAGAUUACCACCGGGCGCGGGGCCGAGUUGUUGUUUCUGUCUUUGAUCCGCUUGCAAAUGCACUCAUUCCUCAACGACGACGACACCUACGUCGACCCCGGCGCCAUUACCACCGUCUGGGGCACCUUUGACCCCCUCCUACGCGCCCUCGCCAUGAUGUCGCGCACGCUCGCUCUACGCCAACACGUCCCAGACCCCGAUGCUGCCCACCCGGACGAAGACCCCAAUCAAGCCAUCCUGCGCAGCUGCUCCGAGUGUCUGGACGAAUUCCACCACUGGGACGUCGAAGCGGCCGCCUACUGGCAAACCGUCUUCAAGAGCCGCAGCACGCCGACCGCGCUUGGCGAGAUUGCCUCCGGGACAACGCACUACGACGCCGAAACAGCAUGCACCAUCAUCCUCAUCCGAUCAGCCCGACUGAUCUUACUAGUGACCAUGCUAACCCGGUACCAUCUCCGCCCCGCCGGCGGACCCGUCCCAUCACCAACAUCCUCCUCUUCCCCAUCCACGGGAACAAACCCAUCUUCCCUCCCACGAACACCCCCCCACACCCCCCCAACAGGAAGUCCCAUGUACCACGACAAACCCCCUCCCCCAGACCCCAUCGCCGACGCCCUCGCCGCCUACGCCCCGCUCCUCACAAACGACGUCUCCCUCACCAUCGACGACAUCCUCGCCAGCGUGCCGUACGCGCUCAGCGACAUCUCCCCCACCCGCCCCGGCCAGCCAUCCUCAUCUUCGUCCUCAUCGCCAUCGCCAUCGCCAUCCACCGCCACCCACGACGGCGCCGGCGCGCUAGUCAUCGUGCAUUCCAUCCGCUUGGUAGCGUCGUGCGCGUUUUUGACGCCGAGCCAGAAGGAAAGGGCCACGGCGGUGUUGGGGCGGUUGUAUGAGGAGAUUGGGAUUCGCGCGGCGGUAGGGAUGGGGGAGGGGGGGCCGGAGGAUGGGGAGGGGAGGAUGGGGAAGUUGGGGGAGAGGACGAGGUGGGGGAGGGAACAGACUGCGUUGAGGGAACGGUUGGGGUUGUUGUGA